AUGGUAAAGGGAUCUGAAGAGAUAUUAACCAAUGAUCACCAUGGUUGCUUCAAGGGAAAAGCUUGGAACUUGGAAGAAAAAGUGGUUGAAUUAGCAAACAAGACAAAGAAAGUGGGCAGAGAUGAUCCUAGAAGAAUAGUUCACUCUUUAAAGGUUGGAUUAGCGACCGCAAUGGUGUCGUCAUUUUACUAUUGUGAACCUCUCUACGAUAGCUUUGGCGCAUCGUCGAUAUGGGCUGUCAUCACCGUUAUUGUCGUCUUCGAGUUUUCUGUAGGAGCAACGCUCGGAAAAGGGUUGAAUAGAGGAAUAGCGACGUUAGUAGCGGGAGCUCUAGGGUUUGGAGCUCAUUACAUUGCAAGUAUUUCUGGAAAGAUUGGCCAUCCUAUAUUGCUUGGGUUCUUUGUAUCCAUAAUAAGUGCAAUAGCAACAUAUCUUAGAUUCUUUCCCAAGUUGAAGGCCAGAUAUGAUUAUGGGCUUUUGAUAUUCAUCUUGACAUUUGAUAUGGUGGCUGUGUCUGGUUAUAGAGAUGAUGAGAUAUUGAAACUUGCUUGGCAUAGGCUUGCAAACAUUCUCAUGGGUGGUUUUAUUGCAGUGGUUGUUUGCAUCUUUGUUAGGCCUGUUUGGGCUGGUGCUGAUCUUCACCAAUUGGUUUCUACCGACAUUGAAAACCUUGGGAGUUUCUUUGAAGGUUUUGGAGUUGAGUAUUUUGGAGCAUCAGAAGGAGAGUCUAUUUGGGGAGGAGAUGUACUCAAGUAUAAGGCUGUCCUUUCUUCUAAACAAAAUGAGGAAGCUUUGUGUUUCCAAGCUAGAUGGGAGCCUCCUCAUGGAAAGUUUAGAAUAUGGCAUCCUUGGAAUGAGUAUCACAAGAUUGCAAGCUUGUCAAGGGACUGUGCCUACCACUUUGAAAUGCUCAACCCUUACCUCAACAAUCAUCCAAUCCAAUUACCCUUGGAAAUUCAGAGGCAAUGCCAAGAACAUUGCUUACAACUAUGUACUGAAUCAGGCAAAGCUUUAAAGUCCAUAGCAAUGGCAAUACGAGAUAUAAAUCCACCUGCCUUGGCCAAGUCCCACAUUCAAAUAGCAAAGGAGAAGGCUGAGGAACUUAUAUCACUUCUAACAAGUAUCCAUUUUAAUGGUGACAUGAAGAUGGUAUCAACUACAACUUUGAUUUUACUACUCAUUGAUUGUUUAUCUUGUGUCGAGAAAAUCUCUGAUUCCGUCCACGAGUUUGUUUUGCUUGCCCGGCUCAAGACUGCGCCGAAGCGGGCCGGUGCAACGCCGACUGAGCAAAAGGCUCAUCAUAACAGUACAACUACUCAAAUUCAAAUUUCAGAGUAG